GCCCAGAAGAGUCUUGGAGAAAGUGCUGUGGAGGUCAUUGAGAACCCUGUGGUGGUCACACAUCCUUUCCAGGCUGAGAGGAUGAGCAGAAAUGUAGACAGGUGCAGCUCCUGGGUCAGCGAGCUACAAUCUUCACACCCAGGUGACUUCAUUACAUAUAGCUAACAUACAUAUUCUGAUCACGUAAUUAUGAUUAUUUUAUUGUGAAAUGCUGUUAUAGAAUACCAUUUUAUAUAUACAUGGCAUAUAACAAGUGUACAUAAAUUGGCCAGUGAUACUGUAUAUUAUGUACAUUUGGGUGUUCCCAUUCUCAUCUUCAGGAAAUUUUUUGAUUUGGUUUUAUUUACAAAAGUUUCUAUUCAAAAAGCGAUUCGAGUUUUGGCAGCUCUUUGUGCUCUAGGACUACUCGGAGGUGUUACUAUAAGCGUUUGGUUUAUAGGUAAGACUUCUCUUGCUUUUAACAUUAACCUUGUGAAUAUAUGAUUCCAACCUGGACAUUUACCGUAUUUUAUUUGUCUAUUUCUGUGUAGUCAAAUUGCUUUUAAAGCCUAUCUCAAAUAGUCCUACAGUGUUAGAGGACACCAAGGAGACUUCGUUCUGUAAUAUAUCAGAUGACAGCACUGUGACUGACCCCAGGAAAGGUAUGUUUAGCUAGCUUGUCUCUUGAGUGUUCCACAAUAUAACUAUAAACCAUUAAAUGCUAACUGUUUUGUUCAUUUAUAAAUUAAAUAGUUUAAUCGUUGGGUAUAAGCUGAAGAACACAUGCCAGACUGUGCUGUAAUAUGAAAAUAAUGUGACUAUCACACUGUCACAGAACUGCCUUUACAUCUGUCAGCUUGCGACAGCAGGGAAUUAGUGUCUAUAAUGGACUCAGAAACUACACUCACCUGUUAGUUCCCCAAGAGCUGUUGGUUGCUGUUGUAUAGAAAGGACAUUAUCAACAUUUACAUUAUUUACUGUCCAGUGUCACCCAAAGGUUCCCUUCUGAGCUUGCUUCCUCUCAAGGUUUCUUCCUCUUAUCAUCCCAGGGAGUUUUUCCUCACCACCGUCACCUCAGGCUUCUCUUUAGGGAUAAAAUAGUAUCUUAACUUUAAACUUUAUAAGUUUUUUUCUCUGUUUCUAUACUUCUGUAAAGCUGCUUUGAGACAAUGUCCAUUGUUAAAAGCGCUAUACAAAUACAUUGAAUUGAAUUAAUGCACCUUGUAAGUGUGUUAUUGCUAGAAAUGUAACAAAAAAAUCUAUUUCUAUUGUGUGAUUCCUCAUUACCACAUAUUAAUAAAUAUUUAACAAUAUUUAAUCACACAAGUUUCCCUCAUCCUAGUCCCAAUCUUUGAACCAAAUUGACACCAAUGAACUUUUUGUGGCCAACUUUUGUGUAUGAUCUCCAUUGUUGGCCAGUGCUUAGAGGGGUUUUGACUGAAAAGGGCUCAGUGUUUUACAGAAUCAGUGCUGAGAACUCUUUACUAGAGAUCCAGCUGGAGAAACUGCAAACGUGGCUGCCUGUGUGCUACGAGCGCUGGAACACUUCAUUAGGCACUCUUGUGUGCCGACAGCUCGGUCAUCUGAGAUUAACCAAACACAAAGGUGUGAAUCUGACGGACAUUGGGCAAAGCUACACAGAUGGAUUUGUUCAAAUCACCUCAGAACAUCGAAGCAAAUUGGAACAUUUAUGGCAAUACAGGGGAAGCUGCAGCACAGGGAAAAUUAUAGCUUUGAAAUGUUUUGAUUGUGGCACCAGGGCAAAGGUACCCAGGAUAAUUGGUGGUGUAGAUGCCACGCUAGGCAGAUGGCCAUGGCAAGUGAGUCUCUACUACAUAGAUCGUCAUACCUGUGGAGGAUCCAUAAUAACAAGCCAGUGGAUCAUUACAGCUGCUCACUGUGUGUCCACACUGCAUCAGGUUUCCAGUUGGGUGGUUUACGCGGGAAUUGUCACUCGUAAUGCAGCUAAGUUGGCUCAGUAUAUGGGCUACAGUGUGGAAAAAAUCAUCUACAAUAAGAAUUACAAUCACAGGAGUCAUGACAGUGAUAUUGCUUUGAUGAAGUUGAGGAAUCCUUUGAAUUUUUCAGACACCAUAAGGCCAGUGUGCCUACCCCAGUAUAACCAUGAACUUCCAGGAGGAACACUGUGUUGGAUUUCUGGUUGGGGAUACACACAGCCUGAUGAGGUUCAUAUUCCUGAUACACUGAAAGAAGCUCAAGUGCCCUUGAUAAGCACAAAGAAGUGCAAUAGCUCGUGUAUGUAUAACGGAGAGAUCACGCCACGGAUGCUCUGUGCCGGCCACACAGAGGGUAAUAUCGAUGCCUGUCAGGGAGACAGUGGAGGCCCACUGGUUUGCCAGGAUGAUAAUGUUUGGAGGCUGGUUGGAGUUGUUAGUUGGGGAACAGGCUGUGCAGAGCCUAAUCAUCCAGGUGUAUACACAAAGGUGGCUGAGUUUUUAGGCUGGAUUUAUGACACAAUAGAGACUUCCUAAGAAACUGGCUGUAAAAGAACAUAAUCACCCAAGUUGCAUACUGAAGAUAUUUUACUAUUUAUUAAUUAUAAAAUAAUUUUAUUAUUUAUCUAUUUUAUCUUAUUUUAUUUUGGAGCAAUGUUAUUUUUUUCCAAUAUUUCCACCAUUACAAUGUUAUAUCUAUCAGGAACAAUUCACAGCCACACCACCAGAGGGCCCUCUCCUACAAAUUCUAAACUUCUUGUCAUAUAGCCAUUUUCUCUUCACAGUGUAUUUAAAGCUCCUUCCUCACUGGUAGUGAUAUAAGUCCAGAGCUAUUUUCUACCUCGUCCUUGUUGUGUUUCUGACCCUUGCCAAAUUUUGAGUAUUCUUGCUGGUUUUGAUUUUUGUAUUUGACCUUGGCCUGUUUAUAACUUCUAAAUAUGGAUUGUUUUUUAGUGUAGAAUAUUAAGAUUUUUUU